UGUGUGGAAAUUUAUGGGCAAGAGGUAUUUACAAAGGAAAUGACUCUAUUAUAAAGGUUCGAGGCUACCAACUUGUCAUACAUCGUUCUUCCGACUUGCAGAUGUCAUUUACCCCUUCCACUAUCUAGAGAGACGGACUUGCAGUAUCGUGGCUUGAGGUUUUUAUAUGAAACUGGGCAAGGAGGAUUAUUGUGAAGGAUCACCUCUACUUGUACCUGACAGUAAAAUGGGCGUCGAAAGAGCCAGAGAGCACGAUGUACUGUUCAUCUGCAUGUCAGUGCUCGUCACGGUCGUGCUUAUCCUAACACUGUUUAUAAACGCCCUCUCAGGAAGCAUCGGUAUAGACAUGGGUUGGUUUCUUAACAAUACCGGUGACGUCUCCGACUACUACUACCUGGAGAUCACACCGGCCGGUUGGACCUUCUCCAUCUGGGCUGUCAUCUACACUUUCCAGGUUCUCUUCAUCCUCUACGUCUUGAUAUCACUCUGCCGACGCAACGACCAGGGCCCCGUCUACCGCAAUCCGCCCGUGAUCAACUCCCUGAUGCUGCUGCUGUACACUAUCAACCUGGGCCUCAAUGUGUCCUGGCUCUUCCUGUGGGAUCGCCAACUGUUGCCGGUGGCUUUGGUGGUCAUAGCUCUGCUGCCAUUCACGCUCUACCUGGCACUCAUUAUUAACCAUCGACUGGUGAACAAGUCAGGCAGCAACUUGAGGAAUUACCACAGGGGUGACCUCAUUGCAGUGAGGAUAAUUGUCCAAAACGGCCUUGCCCUGUACGCCACGUGGGUCACAAUCGCGACACUGCUCAACUUUGCCAUCGUGCUCAGCUACUGGGGAGGGAUGAGCCAAUCCGACGCCAGCACCGUCAGCCUCUCUAUCCUCCUCGUUGAGGUCCUGGUAUACUUUGUACUGGAAAACAUCGUCUUAGAGAAGUACCUCCGCUACACCUACACUGUAUGGAUGGUGGUUCUCUUCGCUCUUACUGGCAGCGUCGCCAAAAACUGGAGCCCAGGAAGCCGCAACUCCAUCUUCUCAGUCGUGCUCCUGGCUCUGGCAGGCGCUCUGUUCAUCGUCAAGAUUGCCCUUUCCAUUUGGCGCGCUUAUACCAGGCCGUUGUAUGUCAACCAAGUGUCACAAUCGAAGCAGGAUCUCGCAUUAGCUUGAGUUCUGUACUUCGGCGCACUUAUUUGUGUAGUCUUAUGUACACACAAAUAUACAUGUACAUACAUUGUGUCUGUAAAGUUCACGCACAAGACAACCCCUAAUCGUCGUAUGAUACCUCUUGCAGUUAACAUUGGCAGCUCCUUGCACGUGAUCGGUAUAUUGGAACAAAAGCAAAGCUGCAGUUUUAGAUCAGACUUUUUUUAUUUCGUUACUGUAUGAUGUAGUUUGCUGAAGUAUUAUUUCAGAGCCAGUUCAAGUGAUUGCUUGCCAACCUGUCUUUCAUCCAAACCGUGCAAAGAGCCCAUUGUGGAAAGAUUUCAUGCACGUACAAACCCAGGAUAUUUGGAGAACAGUGGCUGCCGCUCUUAUACAUUCUGACGUUGCCUGUAUUAGGGGCCUACACUGGAUAUUUUACGCGUAAUUUAACCUUCAAUUUACUGGCAGAGAGUUGAUCUCUUUGAGUCUAAUGCAACAUAAGCAUAAUGGUCUUUCGCUUGACUCGCAUGAUCAGACAAAUGAAUAUUUGUUUAAACCUUCCGAGGUAGAAACUUCCAGUGUUUUGUUUUGUAAUGUAAUACCGCACCAGUUAUUAUUUCGUAGCCAUUAAGUAAAGGGUUUUUAUUAAGUAACCGUUAACAAAGUCGGAAAUUUUUAUAGAGCCAAUGGUGACGAAAAUACUUGGAAAUAAAAAUAGUUCUUGAUAAUAAAACACAGACAAGUUAACUGUGGUGACAUUCCCA